AUCCUGCAGCAGCUGCGCGUUCUGUUCCCGUUUUUCGGGGGCGGCUACCAGGGCUGGAAGGAUUCCGUGCGCCACAACCUCUCCUCCAACCCCUGCUUCGCCAAGGUGCUGAAGGACCCGUCCAAGCCGCACUCCAAGGGCAAUUUCUGGACGGUGGACGUGUCGCGGAUCCGCCGGCGGCGCUGCGGCUGCAGAACACGGGCGGUGGCGCGGGGGGCGCUGGGCGGUGGCACCGCCGCCGUGCCCGCCUUCGUGCCCGACCUGGCGCCGUUCGUGCUCUCGGGGUGCCCCUACCCCCCCCCCGCAACCCCCAAAAACCCCCAAAACCCCCCGAACCCCCGACCUCCUCCUUCUCCAUCGAUUCCCUGCUCCGGGACAGCGCCCCCAAAUUUUCGGCCGUUUCACCCCAAACCUGGGGGUGCCCCCCGCUCUGGGCGCAGCUGCCCACGUCCCAACAGCGCGGGGGUGGCGCCCAACGCCGUGGCGCCCAAUGCCGUGGUGCCCAUCGCGGGGGUGGCGCCCAAUGCCGUGGUGCCCAACACGGGGGUGCCCAAUGCCGUGGUGCCCGACGCGGGGGUGCCCAAUGCCGUGGUGCCCAACACGGGGGUGCCCAAUGCCGUGGUGCCCGACGCGGGGGUGCCCAAUGCCAUGGUGCCCAACGCGGGGGUGGCGCCAACUUUUGGGGAGCAGAGCCCGAACCCCGAGGGGGAUUUUGGGGGGGGCCCAUGCCCCGCCCCCAACAAGAGCGUCUUCGACGUCUGGCUGAGCACCCCGGCGACAUCGCCAUCCGCGGGUGAUGACGUCACGGGGGGUGCCCCUAAAUUUGGGGGGGGCGCCCCCGAAUCUGUGGAAAAAUUUUGGGGUGUCAGGGCUCAAAAAUGGCAAAAUUUGGGGGCAUAA